AUGAAGAGUGAAAUGGGGCCUGUUCAUACAAUGACCACUCUCAUUGUUUCCUCCAUUAACAUUGUUGUUGCUCUAUAUGUUCUUCGUUCUCAAUACGCUUCUCUGUACAUCUACUGCGAUAGAGAUUCACGUCCCACACUUGAGUACACUCCUAAUCAGAUUGGGAAAAUGGAGGAAUCAGUUUGGAUUCGAAAAGCAGCUGAACCGGUUGAGCUCAUUAGAUUGGUAAAGGCACUAAAGAAGGAGCUUUGCAGAGAGGUAGUGGUUGAAUUGCCACAGCCUUUGAAACUGAAGAUAACCAAUGAAAUAGUUGAGAGGUUGAAAACCUUGAGGCCCAAAGCAAAUGUUACUGAGCAGAGAGAUGGUGCAAGGAAAAACUAA